AUGGCGACCGUCAAUCGAAAUAUGUUCGGUGCGAGCAUUACUCAACCGCCUGGCGGUGCCCAGUUGAUGGUUUUGCCGUUGAACCUCAUCGCGGAGAUUGUGUCACAUGUCGACGACACAGGCGAUCUUGCCCGGCUAUGUCAAACAUGUCGCGUCCUCAAUUAUAUGGCGCUGCCGCAGCUAUACCGAAGCCUAACGCUGACUUCUUACGACAAAAUCCGUUAUCGUGGCGAACAACCAGAAGGAAUCGGAAGCGCUAGUCCCUUCACGAUGGGGUUGAAUGCAAUCAUUACACGACCUUAUGCGACACUAAUACGGUCGAUAACAUUAAAGGGGGAAUGGAAGGAACAUGAAGUAGAGGAGCAUGCCCGAGUUGGCCGGGUGCCCGACUCAUCGAUGUUGUUGAACAUCGCCGCCCGCGCCGCCAUAGAUCGCAUGACCAAUUUGGAAAGCUUUCAUUGGGAACUGAAUACCAAAAUGCUUGACACGGUUUAUUCCGGGCUGACACAACUGCCGAAGCUCACCUCCCUGACAGUCCGAUUUCCUUCCAGUCGUCAUCCACAGCCCACUUUCGUCAUUCCGGGCAUGCCACAUCUGCGAUGUCUGAAAAUCACCGAUAUCGACCCGCUAUGCUACCCUGAUGAUAUUGCGACUCUUCUUUAUAAAAGUAGGAAAUUGCGCGAUCUGAGAUUACAUUGGUCGCCACGGAUGCGAGAUGCUCACGAGCCUAGUGUCUCUCUGCAUAAUUAUUUCCGUAAGCUGAUCGCCGCCAAGCAGCCCCUGAUGGUUCAGAAGAUGUCAUUCCAAAAUCUGUAUGCCUUCCACACCGAAGAGUUCAAUUUCGCCUUUGAUCCGACCACCGUCGAAGAUGUCACAUUUCUCACUGGUGUCGAGGGCUCUAGCCUGGUCAACACAUUUGUCGAGAGCAGCUGGCCGACAGUCCCGCCACAUGUCAAGCUCCGCAUGAAAUCUGUUAGGAUGGAUGCAGUGUCAAAACGGAACGCAGAAUUCAUUGGGAAUUUCUCUGGACUCGAGAAGCUCUACCUUGUCAAUGUCACCGCCGACUCAAACGACCUCCUCAAUAGCCCACGACCCGGAGGAGGCGCGGCCUUAUCCGCCCUCACCCCCCAACAUCCGAACACCAGUUCUAGCCAGCUCAAUGCUACAGCUAGUAUUCGAGACACAUACCUCUCACAUAUUACCACAAAUCAUGGCGCGACAUUGCGCCACCUUCUUCUCCCUUCUAAAUGGCCUCUCUCCACUGGGAUGGUCGCGCGGCUCGUCCAUAGCUGUCCAAACCUGGAGCAGCUCGCCCUUGCCACCGAAUUCUCCAGUAUGGACUCAUUAGCUCUACUGAUACCUUUCCUACGGAAGUUGAAAGCCCUCCGACUUCUCAUACCCCAGUCUCCUGGACAGUCUUCAAAUGGGCCUGGGGGCUCCACACUGAAGACGUGGCAGUCUACACGAGAGCGAACUGCCUUUGAUACGGUUCAAAAAGUGCAAGAAAUUUUCGCAAAUGCCAAAAAUCUUGCAGAAGUGGUGGAUAUCGACGACUCGAUAUUGUCCGAAAUGUUGAGUUACGACCUGGGCAACCAACAAGUCUACGGAAACGUGAAGAUCAUCAGCAUGGGCUGGAAAGCCUGGGAACUAAGAGGCUUCUACAAAGCCCCCAUCCCAACAGAAACCAACGAAGGCUCCCCAACACCAACGAAUGGCGUCAAUGCAUCCCCAGAAACCACCACAGACAGCCCCGUUCCUACACAAGGUACCAACGGUGUUACCACAGCAGACCAACCUGCUGUCGCGCAUAAAUCAAUCGAUACACAGACAACACAUAUCCCUUCUUGGUCGAACCCACCGGCCACAAGACUGGGCGUACCACAAUCAACAUUAGGGAAACGGUCACGCGAUCAAGAUGAUAGUGACACUCCCAGACCACCACCCAGCUUCCCACCGACCUUUAAUAGACGCGAAGACUCCGAAGACCUGACAACUUUCUACCCUGGCUGCUACCCGUACACCAUGUCCGAGGAUGGAUUUGUGUGGCGACGGCAUGUGCGACGGGUUGGAUGGGAGGCGUUGCAGCAUUGGGAGGUUUGGUCAUUGGAUGCGCAGGAGAUUUGA